UGAAAAGGGUUUCUGUUCCACAAUAUUCUUUGCGAAUCUCACUUUGCAUUGAGCAUAUUUUGGCAAAGACUUUACGCUCUUUCCGCUCAGUACAAAGUCUUUGCGCUUUAUUGGCAAAGUCUUUGCACUCUCUUGCAAAGUGAGUGUGCAAAGUGUUCCACAAAGCGUUUUAUCAACUUUGCAUUUCUGUCUCAUCACUUUUCACUUUGCAUUGCUUUAUAUUAAUUGUUAAAAUGAACCGCAAAAUACAAAUUGAAAAAAAACUUGCGCUUUUAAAUUUAAUAAAAAAAGCAUUUUAUUUGCUAGUUUUCAAAACAACAGAGUUAACAGAGCAUGGAAGGAAGGAAAAAACAUGGACCUAUGCAAGGGACAGUUUGUUUGGGCUCUGGAAGAGCCGGACAAUGAGUAAAAGGGAUAACGCCCGAAAUACUGGAUCCGGAGGUGGGAAGGGCAAGGUAAUGGAUGAAGCUGACUUGGCCAUCCUCGAUAUUCUGGAAUCAGAAUCAGCUGUGGUAGAUGGUUUGAAAUUGCCAGAAAGUUAUGGCAACUCAGAAAAUCUACCGUCAGUUGAGAAUGAUUCCAGAAUAUCUAUUUCAGAAGAAACAAUUGCCAAUCCACCUCUAAACCCAAGAAAGACGAAGCGCUCUACCAAGUUUCCAAGUGAAACUUUGGAUAGAGAGAAAAAAUGCCGGAUGGAGCUCCUUGAGGUUGAGGUUUACUACCGGAAACUUCAAUGCCUAAAACUGGAGAGGGAGCUCCUACUUCCACCCUCUGCUAUCACACUGGAAAUUGCAACGGCAGAAACGGAAAAUGUAUCGCGUCUGUUAUUUGAGGAGGUUUGAUUACCAAAGGCCAAUUUUUCA